CACCUGCCUACAUCUCCUCACUCGCCACACCCGACUCUUGGUUCAUCAUCUUCUUCUUCUCUUCUCUCUCGUCCUUCCCCAAGCAUAAGCGGUGCGACGCAACCCUGGGGAUUCUUACGCCUCUGACACAACAUUCCUCCUCACCCCGUCACCGAAUCACAAACAACACCACAAGCCACUCACUCACCAGUCAGCGUGGCACGACUCCUCCGCCCUCUUUGGUGAUUAUACGUCAACCAUCACAGAUCCGGCGGACUUGUUGUUGUUUGUAUAGAAGCAACGACGAGACGACAAAACCGUCAUCAGAGAAGCCGCGAACACAAUACAACACCAAAACAACACACAUACACAGACAUACACAAUGGCCGCUCAGCUCAUCAUGCCUACCGCACCGGGUACGCAGCAGCAGUCGCGGCACUUCCUCCCAAACACCAGCAGACGGCCUCACACCCACAGCCGCUCCCAGUCCUUCCAGCUGCCUCCGGGCCCCCAGCUGUCGCCCAACAGCGCCAACGGCUUCUACGACCACGCCGUCUCGACUCCCUCGUCGCCCAAGGCUCACCACCACUCGGGCCACUCUGGCCAUGCGCGAGCCUACAUGCCCGCCGUCCUGCGCCCCAACGACGAGUUCCCGUCGCUGCCCCUGACCAAGUCGAGGUCGCCCGACUCGAGCUCCGACUCGGGCUCCGACACGACGCUGCGCCGCUCCAACACGGGCUUCAUGAGCCUCGGCGGCAUCGUUGGCCGAGGCUCUCGCCGUGCCAGCGAGAGCGGCAAGAGCAGCAUCGACGGCGAGUGGAAUCUCGAUCUCUUCCCCGACGUCACCGAGCCGCCCACCCGCAAGCACUGGAAGCCCGACACCGAGUCCACCAUCUGCGACGACCCGACGUGCAAACGCAACUUCAGCUACUUUGUCCGCCGCCACCACUGCCGCAAGUGUGGCAACAUCUUCUGCGACUGGCACUCGAGCUACGCCCUGCCGCUCGACCAGAACGCAAACUUCAACCCGCGCGCCGUCCCCUCGCGCACCUGCAACCACUGCUUCGAGCAGUUCAAGACGUGGCACAGCCGCGAGGGCAGCCAGGCCUCGAGCUCCGCCUCCUCGGACGCCCACCGCACCGUCCCCUCCACGCCCAUCUCCGCCGCCCAGCCAGCCACCCCGUUUGGCCUGCCCCAGGGCCCCGAGAUCCCAGCCAGCGUGCCGCGGGACUGGAACUGGAGCACCUUUUGA